AUAUAUAUUUCUUUAUCUCCCCUCGGCCCUCGCUUUAGAACAAAAUGAAGUCAAGUUAACCCUGCAUUUAAAGUUGUGAAAGCGAGGCAAGGAGUUAACUUUCUCUUUCACUUGUUAUUAGCUUAUUAUAUCUUCAUCCCAUAAGUACUUGUUUUGUAAGCAUUUCACUUUCUUCAACACUUUUUUUGGUCAUUUUUCUGUUCAGAAACAGAGAGUAAGUCCCUCUUACAACUCUCUUGUUUUUAAAGUAUCUGAAGCUUACACUCUUAAGUAUUAAUUUUACUUUCUAUUUCUCCUUCAAACAACUUUCUGUAACUUAACUGCAACUAGAUCUGGUUCAGUGUAGAGUUAAAGCCGCUUUCUACCUAUUUGCAUGCGAAAUCUAAUUCUGUUUAUACGGUACAGACUUAACUUUAAUCAUAUGUAAAUACAUAUAUCUUUCUUUGUUUGUCUUUGUCAAUCAAGCCAUUUUCGGUUCUUCUAUUCCAGCUCUUGUCAUUAUUUGAAAUCCAACAACUUUUUGCCUGGAAUCCAUGUUUUAUUUUCACGAAACAAACUUGGUCUCUGCUUAAAUGUUAUUGGUGUGCUUGUAAAGGCGGCUUUGGUUAUGUUGCAGACACUCUUUGCUUCCUUUUGUUUUGGCUUUUUGAAAAAUUGGUGGGUUUUCAGCUAAUUUUUGAAUCAUUGCAAGUUUUUGCUUUGCCCAUGAUGAGAAAACUAUAUAGGAAAUUGGUAUUGAUGAAGAACCCUUUAAUGGGUAUGAGAAAAAAUGGCAAUUCUCACUCAGGGAGGAUGUUUAGUGAUAGAAAAUGGAUUGUUCCAUUUUUUGCAAGCUUACUUGUUUCGAUUACUUUAUUUUUGGCUGCUACUUUCGGGCUGUUCAGCUCUUCUUAUAGCGGAGAUCAGUUGCCUUUUGAUAUCAUUUCAUUUGCAAAAUCAGAUGGUUCAAGUGGGUAUUUUGUAGAAUCCGAUUUAAAGAAAUCAUUUGAUCCAAAUGGUGAAUUGAAAACAGAACCACCUAGAUUAGCUUAUCUUAUUUCGGGAACAAAGGGGGAUAGUCAUAGAAUGAUGAGGACUUUGCAAGCUGUUUAUCAUCCGAGAAAUCAGUAUAUUUUGCAUUUGGAUCUUGAGGCUCCACCCCGUGAAAGAUUGGAAUUGACUCUUUCAGUGAAGAGCGACCCAAUUUUUUUUGAAGUGGAUAAUGUACGUGUAAUGGCGCAAUCCAAUUUGGUGACGUAUAAGGGUCCUACGAUGAUUGCUUGCACACUCCAAGCAAUUGCGAUUCUGUUAAAGGAGAGUUUGGAAUGGGACUGGUUUAUAAACCUCAGUGCAUCAGACUAUCCUCUUGUGACACAAGAUGAUAUGCUAUACGUUUUCUCAAAUAUUUCUAAAAAUCUCAAUUUUAUCGAACAUACUCAGAUUGCUGGUUGGAAACUAAACCAAAGAGCAAAACCAAUCAUUGUUGAUCCAGGCCUUUACCUGUCAAAGAAAUCUGAUAUUGCGUGGACCACUCAACGGCGAUCACUUCCUACGUCUUUCAAGUUGUUCACAGGUUCAGCAUGGGUAAUGCUAACUCGGACAUUUCUUGAGUACUGCAUAUGGGGAUGGGAUAACCUCCCUCGAACUCUUUUAAUGUACUAUACAAAUUUUAUCUCAUCUCCAGAAGGGUAUUUUCACACUGUUAUCUGCAACACAGAAGAAUUCCGCCACAAUGCAAUAGGUCAUGAUCUUCACUACAUUGCGUGGGACACUCCUCCCAAGCAGCACCCUAUCUCUUUAUCAAUGAAAGACUUUGACAAAAUGGUUAAAAGCAAGGCUCCAUUUGCUCGCAAAUUUGCCAAAGAUGAUCCGGUCUUGGACAAAAUUGAUAAAGAACUUCUAGGCCGCACAAGCCGGUUUGCACCUGGAGCUUGGUGUAUUGGGAGCUCAUAUGGUGGAGCUGACCCAUGCUCUUUGCGUGGUAAUGAUACUGUAUUUAGACCAGGCCCUGGUGCUGAGAGAUUGCAAGAGCUGCUUCAGACAUUGUUGUCUGAAGAAUUUCGAAAAAAGCAGUGCUCAUGAUAAAAGGUGAGUUUUUCAGAUUUUGAUAACCGCAAGUGUAAAUUGGUCAUAGAUCAUACAGUUUAUGUAAAACAGCCUGAAUUGUACCUUAAUAUAAGAAUUGAGCAUUCAAGUUAUAAACAAUGUCAAUAUCUGUUUUCCGGCAAAGAUUCUAUGAUUGUUUUGAGUCUGUGUACAUUGUUUAAAU